GGAUGAAGUCUAAACAGAGUACAGAACGCUAAUUUCCCCUGGGCGGCUCAUUGAGCGAUCACUUGUGGAGAUGGGGGGGCCUUCGAACCAUUACGCGGCCGAUAAGAGCGUGGCUGCACAGCCUACAGUAUUACUCCUGAGCCCUCAUCUUCUUGUCUGCACUUUGCCAAAAGCCAACUCCAACAAGCUUCACCUGAGACAAUCGCCGCAUGAAUAAGGCCUAUACUCAUAACCCAUGGCAAUGGCGUUCAGAUCACCUUCCACACCAAGGAUUUCCCGAUCCUUCAGCAUCGCUGCCCUAGUAAUCUUCUUCAUUGUCUACUUCACCUCUCGCGUGCCGCAAGUCGUAAACUCCCACCUCCACGACAUCUCCUACGAGCCAUACUUCCAGCGCCAAUUCCAGGCUUUCGUCCUCACCGCAUCAUGUGGCCGAUACACCAGUGAUGCAGCCUCCCAAUUCGACUCCAACACCCUCACCAUAGUCCCCAACCGUCUCGGUACACCGGAGUGCAAUGCCGUGACGACCAACCAACUGCGCCUCAAGCCCCCCGCCUCUCUUACCGCCGAAGCAGAAGCAGAAGAGCAGAAAACAGGACACACGAGCCAUAGCGCCGGGACAAAGGAUAGCCUAUACCGCGAGAAAUACGCACAAGUCCUCGACGCAUGCGCAGCCGGGUCGAAAGCGAAAUGCCUCAUCCUGGAAGACGAUGUUGUCUUUUUGCAUAGCCCCGAGCGUACGCGCGAGGUCUUGAUCGAGAACACGAUGCCGCUAUUUAAUGACGGGGAGGAUGAUGUGUUUGACUGCACGAAAAGAGGGUUUGGGUGGCUGCCGAGUACGCAUACGGGGAUGGGCAGCCAGUGUCGGGUUUUUAGCAAGGGUUCGGCCAAGUGUAUGAGCUCAUGUCUGAGAGGACGUGCGGGGGUUACGGGACAUGCUGGCUCUGGUGACCCGGGAGCUGCGUCAAAUUUGGGUAUUGGGCUGGCAAACUGUCAGAUCAAGUGCGGGUUGGAGCAGAAGAGAUUCUUGUUGGUGGUUCAUGGGGGAUUAGGGUCGACCAUGGAGCGGCCUGAGAUUGACGCUUGAAUUUCUAUAUUGUGUGUAUAGUUAUAUUUAACGACUAAUAAUUGUAUAUAAUUAGUAUAAUAAUGAAUACUUUAAUGGCUAUGGGGAAGUUGACGAAUCAAGCAAUUCAUUAUGGAAGUGGAUUGGUAAAGUCGCAAUAAUUCCGGAUCACCGAGCUGCUCGUUCAUGCCUUCACCCUGACUACCCGUUAUAGAAAUUACCAGGGUAGCUGCAGAGGGGUAGGUAGGUUGUCACCCAAGACAGGUUCCGCGGUUCCAAUGUCCCUGAAUAGGU